CCAGUGUUGAAUCUCUCGAGUCACAGCUAUGCUUACUAUUGCCUGGGUCAGCAGCUCAUAUCAGAGUGUUGGAUCAGGGCAGAGCUGUUCUUAUCAGCUUCAAUCACUGAUAAGAUGGACCAUCCGCAAAGCUAAUGGCCGCCUUAUCUUGCCCAUGCUGCGCGAAGUGGGAUUCUAGCGAUCAUCUGUGUGACGACAAGCGCUCAAGGCGAGCUUUAUGCUUUGGAGGUCUCAAUUAGCUGAGCAGCCGCACCAUCCCCAAGUCUUGUUAGCCAUCCUUUCGUCGUACGAUGCCGAUGAUAACCUGUUGUCAACGGUGCGUGGCGUAUGGAGGGGCGUCGAACCCCGCAAUCCGGACUGUGCCGGGAGAGGUCAGAGAGGGUGGGGGCUUUCAGGUUCCAGGUUCCAGGCUGUCUCAUCGUCGUCGUCGUCGUCGGAACUCGAACGGCGGGAGGGCAAUCUUCAGUUUUGUAACUCCUCCAUCAGAAGUGACAAGACAUGGCUAGCAAGGCAAGGCUACUGCAAGGGGUCAGAGAGAUCAGACCAGAUUCUGGGGAUGUUGAAGAGAGGUUACAGGGAAUAGAAGCCGAAGAUUGAACGAUCGGCCGGUGUCGCAAGCCUCCGGGAGCUCUGCGCGGGGGAGAGCCCUGGGCGUUGGGGGUUGGCAGUCGGCGGACUCCGGCGAAUCCACUUGUCCCUGUUGCCGGCUUGCUGCUUACACGGGCGGGACCAGAACGCCGCGAGGCGCCGUCCGAUCUGCAUCUUCGGCACACCUGCUUGUGCUGACGUUCCUUUGCCCGCGGGAGUGGGUGGUGUCGUGCUUCCUCGCAGCUGUCCACAUCCGUUCGUUGGUUGGGACCUUUAAGGUUUGUAUAAAGACUCACCGUCGUCCACUCUCUCCAACCUCUCGUCUUCCGUCUACACAAACAGCUUCUUCCCUGUCUUGUAAUUUGAACUCAAAUCCACUUUGCUCUCUCUCUUGCAUUAGUCCUCUCCGAAGCCGUUCAUCAGCUUCUCAUAUCUAAAAAGCUUUGCAAAUACCCUCAGCACACAAACACCAAUCACACACACGCAAUCGUCGAAAUGGCUCGUCUUGCUGCUGCUCGCUAUGGAAAGGACAAUGUCCGUGUCUACAAGGUGCACAAGGAUGAGGCUACCGGCACUCAGUCCGUCACUGAGAUGACCGUCUGCUGCCUUCUCGAGGGCCAGAUUGAGACUUCUUACACCGAGGCCGACAACAGCGUUGUUGUGGCUACCGAUUCAAUCAAGAACACCAUUUACAUCAAGGCCAAGGAGCACCCCGUCAACCCCCCUGAGCUUUACGCCGCCCACCUCGGCCAGCACUUCCUCGACAAGUACCCCCACAUCAACGCCGCCAACAUCAAGGUGAUCGUUCACAGAUGGACUCGCAUCAACAUCGACGGCAAGCCCCACCCCCACAGCUUCUACCGCGACGGCAACGAGACCCGCAACGUGGAAGCUCGCGUCACCCGCGAGGCUGGCAUUGAGCUCAAGUCCGCCAUCCAGGGUCUCUCCGUCCUUAAGUCCACCGGCUCUGCCUUCCACGGCUUCGUCAGGGACGAGUACACCACCCUCGGCGAGACUUGGGACCGUAUCCUGUCUACCGACGUUGAUGCCACCUGGAACUGGAAGACCUUUGCCACAGUCGCCGACGUGGAGAAGGGCGUUGAGAGGUUCGACCAGGCUUUCGAGGCGGCCCGCAACAUCACCCUCAAGACGUUCGCCGAGGACGAGUCCGCCUCGGUCCAGAACACCAUGUACAAGAUGUGCGAGGAGAUCUUGGAGAAGGCGGCCGAGGUGGAGGUUGUUGGCUACUCUUUGCCCAACAAGCACUACUUUGAGAUUGACCUCAGCUGGCACAAGGGCUACAAGAACACCGGCAAGGACGCCGAGGUGUACGCUCCCCAGUCUGGCCCCAACGGCCUCAUCAAGUGCGAGGUCGCUCGCUCCUAAGCACCUCACACUUUGUUUUUUUUUAACUGUUUUGGAUUUUGAGUUCUGCUUUUUUCGCAAGACAAGUUAGAAGCUGUUGUAUGAAGAUCAUGAGCAUGGCGUUACCCUGGUCAACAUAUUUUUUUGGGGACAUAGCAGCGACAGGCAAGCAUCUGGGACAGGGGGGUUUGACUUUUUGGUUUUUGGUUUUGGUCUAUUGCAUUUUAGAUGGCGUUGCUAUUUAUUAGCAUUUUGAGAUAUCAGCAAUUCAUAUCACCUUUGAGUUGAUGCAC